CAAGAAACAAAGCGCAGAACCAAAAGUCACCCAAAACCUCUGCAAUUUCUCUUCCACUGAAGCCGAAAACCCUUCUCCCAAACAAUAGCAGCUCUGCUGUUAACUCACAAGCAGAGAGAUAGAGAGAGAACGAGAGAGAGAGAGAGAGAGAAUCAUGGUGAGUCAAAGACAAAGAUCGGCCAGAAAGCGGUUCAGAGAAGAGCACCCGGAUCUUUUCCCCAAGCCGGAGCCGCCGGCGCCGAAAGACCCGAACAAGAAGAAGAAGAACAAAAACAGCAAAUUUAAGCGCAAGAAAUCGGAUCCCAACGACCCAAACAAGCCCAAGAAGCCGUCGUACAAAAAACACCCGCUUAGAGUUGCCGGAAUGAAGCCCGGCGAGAGCUGCUACAUAUGCAAGGCCCCGGACCACAUUGCCAAAAAUUGCCCCAAGAAAUCUGAGUGGGAAAGGAACAAGAUCUGUUUGUUUUGUCGACAACGUGGCCACAGUCUCAAGAACUGCCCGAACAAAAACGAUGAGCCGGUGGAUAAGAAAUUCUGUUACAAUUGUGGAGAAAUGGGACAUUCUCUGGCUAGAUGCCCUCAGCCUCUUCAGGAUGAUUCGGUUGAUGCAGGAGGAACAAAAUAUGCCAAUUGCUUCAUAUGUAAUGAAAGUGGGCACUUGAGUAAAAAUUGUCCCAAGAAUACACAUGGAAUUUAUCCAAAGGGUGGGAGCUGUAAAAUUUGUGGUGGUAUAACACAUCUUGCAAGAGAUUGUCCUAAUAAACAAAGCAGAACUUCUGAAGCUGCUAUGAUUCGCCAAUCACUUGAAGCUUACGAAAGGCCUAAUCGAGUUACAAAGCUCGUCAGUGGAGAUGACCUUGAGGAUGAUUUUGUACCAGUUGCUCCCAUAGAAGGAAAAGAUAAAGAUGUAAAGACCAAGAAAAAACAAGGACCUAAAGUUGUUAAUUUUGUUGGUUGAGGAUAUUUCAUACUUUUUUUAUAUGGGCAAGUUAUGAGUUUUUUCGCCAAGAUUUUAGUCAUAUGCACUAUAAUAUGUAUCUUUUUUCCCAACGUAGUAUUUGUGACAACAGAUAGUUUAGCAUUCUACUGCCAUUUUUAUGAGAUUUUGGCUCAAUUGUUUUUAACUGGGUUGGAUUGGAUUGGAAUUUUUAUUCUUACAUUUGAUCUACAAGUUUUUCUC